AUGUGUAUUCAGAAAUUUCAUUUACACAAUUUCAUGUUUGCCUUAUCGGUGAGGUUUCAGGAGUCGAAUGUUUUCCAAUUUGCCGGGUUUUCCCAAAACGGUUUAUUUCCCGUACGAUUGUUAUCAAUUCACAUGCCAAGAUGCUUUAAGCAUGAGGGUGGGAAUGUGAAGAGAUUGAGAGCUCAAACACCAGUAGAUGACUCCGAAAUGCAGGAGUAUGAUAAAGAAGUGAUCACAGAAAAAUGUCUUGCUUCUAUCUUCCAACUUGAACACCUAGAGGAUUUAGUUCUGGAGCACUGCCUUGGCAUUGAUGAUGAUGGCCUUGUGCUUAACUUGUCAAACUGUCAGAAUAUCAGUCACAUUGGCUUAUCUGCUCUAACAAAGGGUGUUCAAAACUUGGAAAAGAUUAUACUAUCAUACAGCCUCUCUUUCACUACUAAUCAUGCAAAAUGUCUCGAUGAUUCUCCUAGGCUACAAUCGGUUAACUUAGAUGGUAGUCUUGUUAGAUGUUCUGGGAUAAUGGCCUUUAGUAAUUGGCAUUCCUCACUCAAAGAACCGAGCUUAAGCAAAUACAGAUUAGUAACAGAAGAGCGCCUCUCUUUUACUGUGCAAACAUACAAAGAACUAAGGAUGCUGAACAUAACAUGUUGUCGCAAUAUAACUUAUACAUCAAUGGACAGCAUAACAAGUUCAUGCCUGAUGCUUACUUCCCUUGGGAUGGAGUCUUGUACCCUCUCCAGAGAUGCAUUUUUGUUGAUUGGAAGGUGCCAGUUCCUGAAGGAAAUUAAUGUCAGAGAUACUGACAUUGAUGAUGAAGGACUUGGCUAUAUUGGAAGCAGCCGCUUAAAGCUUACUUCGCUUGAUCUAUACAGGUUCUCAGAAUUAAUUGAUGUGGCCAUUACUGCAAUUGCUGAUGGUUGUCAUUCACUUGAAGUCAUUAACACUGCUUACAACCCCAAUGUGACUGAUAAUUCAUUUCUAUCUUUGUCAAAGUGCUUGAAGCUUAGAAUACUUGAAAUUUGA